AUGACGGCAGCGACGGAUCCUAGCAUCUCUGCCGGGCCAGAAGGAACGAUUCAGGUCCAGGUGCAGAUCAUGGCCAGCCUCAUUGCUUUCAUGGGCGCUGCCUGGGUCAUCCUGGCCAUGUUAUUUGCCUUCCAUUUUCGCAAAGCGCCAAUCGGAGACACUGUUCAUUUACGAGUUCGAAGAUCAGAUGAUGUGAAAAACGACAUAGAACACAUCGAGUCUAUCGAGCUUGACGAUUUCAGCAUAUUUCGGGUGACAGAUACACCGUGA